UCCAUGAACUGCGUGCACAGGGACCUCGCUGCCAGGAACUGCCUCAAAGGUGAUGUAGUGAAGAUAUCCGAUUUUGGAUUGUCACGCGAGGUGGAGCAGUACUACCGGAGCGUCAACCAGAUGAACCUGCCACUAAGGUGGAUGGCGCCAGAAUCAGUGUACGAAGCCAAGUACUCCUCGAAGAGCGAUGUAUGGAGUUAUGGCGUGCUCAUGUGGGAGAUAUUCUCGAGAGGUGGUGAGCCAUAUUCGAAUAUGAAAGGCCGGGAAGCUGUCCACCUGGUGAGUAACGGAUACCGGAUGCAGCCUCCAGCCGACAUGCCCCCCUCUCUCGCCGGCCUGAUGGCGGAGUGCUGGAAAACGGACCCACAUCGGAGGCCCAACUUCCAGAGCAUUGCCGAGUUCCUCGAGAGCGAGCUGGCCCGCUACUAGGAGACACUGGGCACCUGCCUUCCAGACUCCUGCAGGGCCGGACUCCCGGCAGGACCUCCUGUGGUGGCGACACCAGGAUAGUCACCACUUUGAGUCGCUCCCAUCAA